AAGCCAGCUGGUCUGCGCGUGCUCUGAGGUGGUUCGCCCUUUCAGUUUUGAGCGAAUGCUGCAAUCUAUCCACGGUUUCUGGUUAGGGUAGGUUUUAAUAGUCACAGUGGGUACAGCAUCAAUUUAGAACAUGUCUCCGGUGUUUUAUUAUCGUGCAUGUAAACUUAUUUUGACUGUAGGCUCUCUUUUUUGUUUUUUUGUCCUACGUAAUUUUGUUGCCCUUUUCUUGUUUUAACUUUAAAUGUCAACCAUUCACUUUUACGCAAUGUUCGUCUGACAGUUUUUGCAAGGAUGAUGAUGGCCUAACAUAUAGGUGGAAUUUGUCUGUAUUUGACUCCAGGAAAACAACAAAUGCUGUGCCUCUUUCCCGCCACGCCGACCAAAACCUACAAACUGUAGAGUAAAGAUGGAGGACCUUAGUCAGACGCUGGAGCUGAGCGAAGAAGAAGAAGAAGAAGAAGAAGAAGAAGAAGUGGAUCAUGGAGAUUUUACUUCCGUAUUCCAAACAGGAGAGAGCCCAACCGCCACCUCUGACAGCGGGAAGAGUUGUUCUGCAGCAGGGAAGCCAGACCUUAACCAGACUAAACCAGAGAAACCAUAUGACUGCUCCCAGUGUGGAAAACGAUUCUCACAACUAUCAAACCUGAAAUUACAUUCCACAAUUCAUACAGGAGAGAAGCCUCAUGUCUGUGAUAAGUGUGGGAAGAGUUUCUCGAGACCACAAUAUCUGAAAACACAUAAGACAAUUCAUACAGGAGAGAAACCACACAUAUGCUCUUUGUGUGGAAAGGGAUUUUCCUUAAAACACCACCUAACAUCUCACAAUAGAGUUCAUAGUUUGAAAAAACCUUGUGGUAUUUUGGAGAAACCUUGCCACAGUCAAAGCAGUGGUAAAGACUUUACGUCAUCUGGAAGCAUAGUAGUGAAACCCUAUUAUUGCAUACAAUGCGGAAAAUGCUUCUCUAAUUCUGGAAACCUGAAAUUGCAUGAAAGAAUACAUACAGGAGAGAAGCCUUACGUCUGCCUGUGUGGCAAGGGUUUCUCACAUUUAGGCAACAUGAAACAACACCAGCGGGUGCAUACUGGAGAGAAACCUUACCAAUGCUCAGAGUGUGAUAAGAGUUUUUCCCACCCCCAACACCUUAAAGCUCACCAGCUUAUUCACAGUGUACACUCUCCUCUGCCUCCGCCUGCUAGUGUGUGCUCUGUGUGUAGCAAAGUGUUUUCACGGGUAGAUCACAUGAAGGAGCAUUACCAACGUUUGCACUGUUCCGAGAAACCUCACUACUGCUCAGACUGCGGGAAAAGCUUCUCUUCAACUGGAGAUUUAACAAGGCACCAGAGAGUUCACACUGGAGAAAAACCUUACGAAUGCCCCCAGUGUGGAAAAAAAAGUGCCUUUUCAUCGGAUAUGAAAAAACACAUGCGGGUUCACACUGGAGAGAAACCUUUCCACUGCGCCAAGUGUGGGAGGGGUUUCUCUCAGUCAGGCGGCCUAAAGCAACAUCAUUGCAGCACCAUUUUAAAAAGGAAAAUACACCAGAAUGAUGGACGGGCCAACUGCUUCUGACCAGAACAUUGUCAGUCAUUUUUUGUUUAUUUACCCAACGAUUCUACAUGUUGAAUCGGUGCAAACAGCCAUCAUUCGCCAGAUCGGUGCAAACAGCCAUCAUUCGCCAGAUCGGUGCAAACAGCCAUCAUUCGCCAGGCACCCAGCAGAUGGUCACUAUAACACACCAUGGUGACAGUAAGUGAUAAGACGACCAUACGCUGCUUUAACCGUUAAUAGUCACGGUGUGACUGAGCCAUAAAACCUUUCAAUGUUCCAGCGCUUUGACUCUGGAAAGUGAGAGUUUCAUUCAAAGUAGAUCGUAGGUGCAACAUUUUAAAAAGGUGCAUAGUGAGGGAGAAGCCUCAUAGCUGCUCCAACUGUCUUGUUUUCAAUGACUAAAGGUUCACCAGCUCUCUCCCUCUAAGAACAGGAGCCUUCCCUUUACGUGCAGUGUGGAGAAUGUUUCUCAUGGCUAUGCUUUGUAUGCUGCCUCAAAAUGAAUUUCUGGGGCAGUGUUGGAGGUUUUUAUUAAUCAUUGGGACUGAUGAUGAUUAUAAGAAAUGGUUGCUCUUCGUCAGAUUAUUUUCCUUAUAAAUGAGCUGUUCUCACUUUG